UGUGUAUGCACGUUUCUCCAGACCAAUAAUCUCUGAACACAGAUUACUACUUACUCCUCAUCCUAACUUGCACUCAUGCAAUACAAAUUUGUACACUGAUCUUUCUUUAUCGGCUCCAUCUAUCUCUAUCUAGCAAAGUCGCAAUCCAUAAUAUCUCCAACAUUUAUUGAACAAUAGCAUUGAAAAAUGUGAAUAAUUAAACUUUUAGCUGUUAGAUCUUGUUUAAUGUACGAUCACCCCCCCCCCCCCCUCCUGAAACACUACAAAUUUCCCUCUUACUUCUCUAUCUUUGCUUUGAAUUAUACAAAAAACAGAGCUGACACUUGAUCCUUCAUUACACGUUCAUAACUUCACCAAUUAUUCUGUUUCAAAUCGAAUUCAUACUUUGUUUUGAGCUAAUUUUAGUGGGUAGUUUAGUUUAUGUGAUCUCAUCAACGCCAUUUUGUGGAUUUGUUCUUCAAUCAUUGUUGUUUCAUGUGCUCUGUUUUUCGGUUUUCAAGAAUUUGGUUUCAUUUGUUUACUUGAAUUUGUUGGGAAUCUUGCAAUUGGUUAUUGUUUUCAAUCAUUGAUAAGAGUUAAAAACAGUUAGAUUGUUCUAGUUUUAGUUUAGUUUUGUUUUGUUCUUCUAACUUCUGUUCUGUUCAGAAUAGAAUCCCCUGUUUUUGGGUGAAUAGAAAGAAAAUUGCUGAAUGGGUAUGAUUAGUGCAAAUGGGGUUGUUGUGAUUGUGAUGUUGAGUUUGAUUGGAAUGUGUGUUAAUGGAGAAGAAGGUGAAUAUGAAGGUGUGGAAGGUGGAGCUCCAAUGGUGAAAACAGAGCAAGAUGCUCUGUACUCUGCUAUUCAAGGGUUUGUGGGUGCAGGGUGGAAUGGGUCGGAUCUUUAUCCGGAUCCUUGUGGCUGGACUCCAAUUCAGGGUGUUUCUUGUGAUAUUUUUGAUGGAUUUUGGUACGUGACAGACUUAAACAUUGGCUCCAUCCAUGAUAACUCCCUUACGUGUGCUCCUGAUGCUAGAUUUAGUCCCCAUUUGUUCCAACUCAAGUACCUAAAAUCACUAGCAUUUUUCGAUUGUUUUUCCUCCCCACCGAAUGCAUUUCAUUCUGGAAACUGGUCUGCGUUUUCGGGUACUCUAGAGUCUCUUGAGUUCCGGUCAAACCUUGGUCUUACCGGACCCAUUCCAACCACUUUUGGUCAACUCGAAAGGCUUCAAUCGUUAGUGCUAAUCGAAAAUGGAUUAUCUGGUGGAUUACCGGACAACAUUGGUAACUUGAGACGUUUAAAAAGACUGGUUUUAUCGGGGAAUCGGUUGACGGGCAAAAUCGGAGAGAGUUAUGGUUAUUUAAGUGAGUUAUUGAUCAUGGAUUUGAGUAGAAACUCAUUAUAUGGGAGAUUACCUUCGACUUUUGGAGGGUUGACUUCUCUCUUGAAGCUUGACUUGAGUGAAAACCAAUUAGAAGGGAAUAUUCCAAGUGAGAUUAGCAAUUUGAAGAAUCUAACACUAUUGGAUCUUAGUAACAACAACUUUUCUGGUGGGUUGACUAAGUCAAUACAAGAAAUGAGUUCAUUACAAGAGUUGGUUUUGUCAAGAAACCCUAUAGGUGGGGAUCUCAUGAAUUUUGAGUGGAAAAAUCUUCAAGGGCUCGAGGUUUUGGAUCUUUCAAGCACACGGUUGACGGGUGGGGUCCCGGAAUCCUUUUCUCAGAUGAAAAGGCUAAGAUUUUUGGGUCUUAAUUGCAAUAAUCUCUCGGGAAAUCUUACACCAAAAUUGGCCGAGCUACCCCAUUUGAGUUCGUUAUAUGUAUAUGGAAACAACCUUACGGGAGAGCUCAAAUUCACUCAAGGGUUUUAUGUUAAAAUGGGAAGGCGAUUUGGGGCUUGGAAUAACUCGAACUUGUGUUUCCCAAUUGGUUUGAUGCCAAUGAGAUUUGGCCCGUUUGGGGUAAAGGCAUGUCAAGAAGUCACGUUAAGUGAGGUUAGUCUUGGUGAUUCUGGUUUGAAGUUGGGUAGUGAGAAUCAAAAUCUUUAUCUUGAUUCUCAUUACCCAACUUCGUUUAGCUUCUCUAAAAACAAGUUCAAUAGGAUUUGUCUGAUUUGGUAUGUGUUUACGACAAUUAUGCUCUUCAUGUAAUGAUUACUAAUCUUAUAAUGUAAUAUGAACCCUCUUUUAACA